AAGAUCUUCAACGUUAUCUCAGUCAACUAUAUAUACGUACAGCUACCAUGAAUCUACAUACUUUAAAAACUGAUGUAAGCAAAAAUGUAUAAUUUAUAGAAUUUUAAUGUUUCUGAUAAUUUACAUUAUAUUACAGAUUGGAAUUGGUUACUUUAAUUUAAAAAGACCUCUUUUUGUCCUGUUGAAUGAUUCUGAUGAACUCAAGAUUGAAUUUGCUGAUGAAAUUUCUCCCUGGAUAUCAAUGGCUUAUCCCACUUGGAUAAUAUUCUUUCGUGAAAAUACAACAAUUGAUUCCUUUUUUCGAAAUAUCUAUAUACCUUUCGACUGCAUAUUUUUGGUAGUUGAAAAAGGUGGUACCGAUGAUGAAGCAACAUUAACAGAAAUUUAUCAAAUCGAUAAAGAACGAGAAUUAAGAAUAUCUAUCUUCGGUUAUUGGAACUUGCAAUUUGGAGUAACAACUCCUAAACUCGGAUUGUACCAACGAAGGGGUGAUUUGUUUGGACAAAAUUUACGUGUUUCGUCAAUAGAGGACCCUCCUGUGUCAUUAAUUGUACGUGAUCAAUUUGGACAAAUGGUAGGGCUAAAUGGAUUUUUUGGCAAAGUUGUUUCUCUUCUGGGGCAUGGUAUGAAUUGCACAUUUACGUUCGAAGAAGCUCACGAGUGGGGACUGCGCAUGAGCAAUGGAUCUUGGAUCGGUGCAAUUGGAAUGUUAACCAGAAAUGAGGUAGAUUUAAUAGCCGCUGAGUUAAUGAUGGCAACAGAUAGACUAGAGGACGUAGAGUAUACAACUCCAGUAUAUACAACAAAGUGUCGAACGUAUAUAAAAAGACCUUCUUUUACUGCUGUAAAAUGGAAGGCUUAUACAGAUCCAUUUCAGUCGGGAAUUUGGUAUUCACUUGGAAUUCUUAUUAUAGUUUCAAGUGCUUCCAUCUCCUUUGUAGAAGUAAUUACUGAAAAUAAAAUUCUCAAACAAGUGAAGAACCGAUUAACAUUUUCCGAAACUACAUUCCUUGUUUUUGGAGCUUUUUGUAAUCAAGGAAUGGACCCCAGUGACUUGGAUACAGUGAUGAUUAUACAAUUGGUUAUUCAUGUAACAGCAGUUGUUAUACUUGCUGCUUAUUCUGCUGCAUUAAUUAGUUUCUUAGCAGUAAAAGUUUUUAUAAUGCCAUUUACUACAAUGGAAGGGUUAUUAAAAGACGGAACAUACAGAUUUGGAGUUAUUUCAAAUUCAGCUGAUUUUAGCUUCUUUCAAAAUACAUCAGACAAGAUUCUCCAAGUAAUGUUUGAUGAAAUACUUGAUCGUGACGAAUUACCACCAAAUUAUUUUAAAGGUUUGAAAAAAGUCUGCGAAGAAGAAAAUUAUGCUUUUAUGGCAAUGGAUAACAUGGUGGCUGUUUUACAACCAAAAGUGAAUUGUAUUCUUGAACCUCUAGAUGUUAUGAUGCAGACCACUAUUGGAAUGGCUGUUCGAAAAUGGAGCCCAUACAAAGGAAUAAUCAACAGCAACCUCCUCAUGAUGAGAGACAGUGGGAUUCUUCAGCGAUUAUUUAAGAUCGAAUGGGCUGUACAACCUACAAAAAAUAAAGAUGGCUGGACUUCAGUAGAAAUUAUUGAUAUUCUGCCUUUAAUUCUAUUAAUAGGAGGUGGAAUAUUCUUAGCAGGGUUUUUAUUAUCAAUUGAAAAAACUAUCAGUCUCAACUUAAUCCAGUUUGAAAAAGCUAAAAAAACUCACAAAAAACAAAUGAAUAAAUCCAGUUAAAAAUUUUUGUUU